UCCUUUAGCUCCUCUCAACCCUCCAGGUUUUGGAUUAACUCUAUUUCGUCCACAGUUCGCUUGCACUCCAGUUACACUUAACAGAUCAGUGUCGGUGAUCUUUCACGAGGAGGAGACAUGUUUGCUCUCUCGAAGGUUGUAAGGAGAAGCCAGAGUCUCAGGCUAGGAGCUUGCAAUGCUGUGUACUACUCUAAGCUAGAGAUUCCAUUGGGACUAGAAAGGAACGGUUCGAUCGACUCAAACGCUUUGAUACACGAUAAAGACGAAGCUUUCUCUAGCUCUUACGAGCUCCCGUGGAACUUCACUACCGGAAGACGGUCACUUUCCUCUGACGCUGGGGCUAGAAGUUCCGGAGAGGAAGAUGACCUCGAAAGCAUUGAAACUUCUCUUCAUUCUGAGGAGGAGUUGUCCUGUGAUGAAGGUGACAUUGAGGGAGCAGAACUGGAACUACUCUCUGAGGCUGGUAAAACACCGGGAAGCAGGAGAUCAUCUGAGCUUUUCAAGGCCAUUGUUUCUGUCUCAGGUCUCUCUGUAGCGACUGCGAUUGAUAAGUGGGUUGAAGAAGGAAAGGAGAUCAACCGCACAGAGAUUGCAAAUGCGAUGCUACAGCUCCGUAGGCGUCGGAUGUAUGGGAGAGCACUGCAGUUGGUAGAAUGGCUUGAAGAACAUAAGCCAUUUGAACUGGAAGAGAGAGAUUAUGCUUCUCGGCUUGAUCUGAUUGCCAAGGUACGUGGUCUGCACAAAGGAGAGCUUUACAUCGAGAGAAUCCCAGAGUCUUUCAGAGGGGAACUGGUCUACCGCACCCUCCUGACGAACUACGCAUCAACAAGCAACGUGAGGAAAGCAGAAGCCGUUUUCAACAAAAUGAAGGACUUGGGAUUCCCUCGGACAUCAUAUGCCUGUGACCAGAUGCUUAUGCUUUACAAGAGGGUUGACAAGAAGAAGAUAGCCGAGACGUUAUUGAUGAUGGAGAAGGAAAACCUGAAGCCGACUCUCUACACGUACCAAAUCCUGAUUGACGCCAAGGGAGCGUCGAAUGACAUAAGUGGGAUGGAACAGGUUGUGGAGACGAUGAAAAGCGAAGGUGUUGAAGUUGACCUUCGUGCAAAAUCCAUCGUUGCAAGACACUAUGCAUCAGCUGGGCUUAAAGAGAAGGCUGAGAAAGUGCUGAAAGAGAUGGAAGGUGAGAGUUUGGAGGCUAAUAGGUACGUGUGCAAGGAUUUGCUUUCGGUAUAUGGCUUUCUCCAGAGGGCGGAUGAGGUGAGCAGAAUCUGGAAGAUCUGCGAAGAGAACAACCCUUAUUAUAAAGAGUGCCUUGCUGCAAUCCUGGCGUUUGGAAAGAUUAAUAAAGUCAAAGAAGCAGAGGCGGUUUUCGAGAAGUCGAUAAAGAUGAGCACUAGAGUUUCCUCAGGGAUGUACUCUGUCCUCUUGAGAGUUUACGUGGAUCACAAGAUGGUCUCUGAGGGCAAGGAUCUGGUUAAGAGGAUGUUGGACAGCGGGUGCAACAUCGGGGCCUUGACAUGGGAUGCACUGAUCAGGCUCUACGUGGAAGCCGGGGAAGUGGAAAUGGCUGAUUCGUCACUGAGCAAGGCAACGCAGUUGAAACAGAUAAAGCCCUUGAUGAGCUCCUUCAUGUGCGUGAUGGACGAGUACGCGAGAAGAGGUGACGUUCACAACACUGAGAAAAUCUUCCAGAGGAUGAGGCAAUCUGGCUAUCUUUCACGCUUCAGGCAGUUUCAGUCCCUUAUCCAGGCUUAUGUCAAUGCCAAAGCUCCAGCUUAUGGAAUGAAGGACAGAAUGAAAGCUGAUAACGUCUUCCCUAACAGAGGAUUGGCUGUUCUGCUCGCUAACGCCGAUCCCUUCAAGAAGACGCCUCUCUCUGAUCUCCUGGAUUGAGUUAACACUUGCUACUUCUACGUUACAUAUUCUGCUUUUUGGUGAAUCUUUGGUUUGAUUGAUUCGCUUUCUAUCCAUGUUUAGAAACUUCAGUAAGCAUUCUUAGUUUAAAUUGAAGCCUCCUAAUAUAUAUUAUAAAACUCUGUAUGGUUGCUUCUUUGCCCAAUGGUAUGGUUCUUUCUA